AUGAACACCUAUUCCAACCUCGUCCAGCGAUGCUUCGAAGACUGCGUCAACGACUUCACAACCAAGUCUCUCAUCUCGAAAGAAGAGGGUUGCGUCUUCCGGUGUGUCGACAAAUACAUGAAGGGGCAGACACGAUUAGGGGAGCGUUUCCAAGAGAUGAAUGCGACCAUGAUGCAGGGCGGCGGCCUUGGGCCCAAGUAG